GAAAGAGUUUUCGAAUCAUGUGACGUGUCAGAAGAUGAGGACAACACGUUACCACCACUUUCACAGCGAUACGUGAAUUGAUUUUAUUUGUAUUAAAAAAUUCCACAAAGAAAAUCGUUUACCACGUUUUUUGUGAUUUAUUUGUUUUUUGCCACGCGAUCUCCUGUCUGUUUUCGAUGAUAUUAGUUUAUUUCUCAAUAUAAAAUUAUUUUUUAACUAUUUCUGUGUUGUUGCUGCAGCAGGAUGUCACGACCCCCGCUGGGAGAUCCGGCAAUAGGACUCCAGAGAAACGAAGUAUUUUUACUCCCAACUCGUCUCAUUGCUUCCAAUCGAGACCUUGAAGAAGAUCUUAGUGAUGUCUCAUUUGAAGAGGGAAUUCUCGAAGAAGCUAUUGUCGAUGAAAUGUUUACGAAAGAACACGAAGGAACAAAAGUCGGAAAAGAAAAAUUUCCUAAAGAACCUACAAUGAUUGAAAUGUUGGAUCGCCUUGGAGAUAGACUUGGAUAUGAUAUUGAUGGACGGGAUAGUUUGGAUGAUGAUGAGCUCUUUGAUACUUUUAAAGAAGCUUCUGGAUUCUCACCUAUUAUUUAUUGUGGAGAAUCAUAUGAGAUGGAAUGUAUCGCAUUAUGGGAUUAUUUCGGAGGAAAUAAUUACGAUGGCUUGAAUGUUCAUGCUGGAGAUGUGGUCAAUGUAGUUGCUGAAGAAUAUCAAGUCCGAGUGUUCGAAAAGGAAGGGACUCCUACAUACAUCCAGAUGCCGUUCCAAUGGUCCUUGGCUCGUUGGAUGUCGGAAAGAAGUAUUAAUCCCUAUUUGGGUCUCAUUCCUUCUCAUUACAUUGUAUCAAAGCAGUUUUAUGAUGAUCAUCCCUUGCUCUUCAAGUGGUCUGUCUGGUACCAUGGCAACGCGGAGAUCCAUGAAGUUGUCCGAAAGUUGUACAGCGACCGAUCAGCGUUGUGUGCCGGUCUCUUCGCGAUCUUCUCACCGGCUUGGCUCAAUAUUGACCUUGAUGAGCACCGCUGCUUCUUCCUCAUGAUACUUACUGAACGGGAUAAGGGUCAAGACGACAAGUUAGAGGAGCUCAUUAAAAUUGAGAGACAAAAUUACGGAAUAAUGGCGAACGCUGUGAAUUAUUUCUACGGAGAAAUGCUCCCACAAAAUGUGAAAAAAGAGAGGACGACGAAGAUGCAAUGUAUCGAUUUUAUGUCAGAGAUUCAGACAACUCCGUUCGAGCCAGCGAUUGUCACCAUUCACCGCUCCUCCCUCGGUCAUUAUGAGUUAAUGGGAAAACGAUACGAUACCCUCUACGACCUGGUUCAUCAUCUCUCCACCGAUCGUUCAGCUCUUCCACACAAGCUUGUCUACUGUCGAUCGUCACCCAGUGUAGUCGGCAGAAACUUUGUUCCACCGCCAACUCCACGAUUCCAGAAGGAUCUAAGAUGUCAGCCAAUGGCUAUUGAGCAAUGGGCUGCAACCCACUUUGAUGACGUUACACGAAGAUUCGAGUGUGGCGAGAAGACGUUGUUCGCGACGAAAACGGUAUUCGAUGGAGAAAAGAAACAUCACGAGAGGUUGAAAAAUCGAUUGAAUUUAUCGAAAGAGGAGAAGGAGCUGGUGUCUUCUUAUAUGAAGAAUCAAGGUCCACAGAAGAAAUGGGAAAACAUGCCACUUCAUGAGACAUCGAUUCGGAUUAAUUCCCUAUUUUAUGUGGAUGGGAAGAAAAUUGAUUGCGGUACAGAUCAAAUUGGAAAAGGAGCCUUUGGAACCGUUAAAAAAGGGAAAUUCCGCAAUAGUUUGGGAGAAAGUGUUCCGGUUGCAGUGAAAAAGUUGGGAUUAAGAGAAAGCUCAAAAGACGAAAGGAAUCCCGCAUUCUCUGAGAUGGAGAUUCUUGAGAUGGUUGCUCACCCGAACAUUGUCUUCUACUAUGGAUUUUCGAUUUCCGGAGACGAACAAGCUCUGUACCUGCUCUUCGAGCUCAUGGAUACCUCGUUGGAUAAAUUCAUUGACAAGUCGGAUGCAAUUCUUUCGGAGAAUGAGCGAUUGGAUAUUCUUGCACAAAUCUGUCGUGGAAUGAGCUUUUUGCAUACGAGAACCCCUUCGAUUGUUCAUGGAGAUCUUGCGGCAAGAAAUGUUCUUCUUAAAAAGCAUCCCGUGUACAUCAAGAAAUACAUCUGCAAAAUAACCGACUUGGGAUUAGCCAAGACGUGUCUUGACGAGCUCUACACAAGCUAUGAUGAUCCAACGAAAAUCCCAUUCAAAUGGCUACCCCCAGAAGUUCUUGGAAGCCGUACUUUGUCACUGAAAACUGACAUUUGGGCAUUUGGGAUUGUGUGCUUUGAAGUUUGUGACAAGGUUGGAGAGCCCUAUGGAGCAUGUGUGCCGACUUCUAAUCUGUGUCAGUACUUGACUGAUGGAUAUGUUCAUGAAAAGGGCCUUCAUAUGUCUGACACCAUUUACAAUAUUGCACUGGACUGUAUGAGGCAGCAUCCAAUUGAGCGACCCUCAUUUGCAGAGCUUGUGGAUCAAUUUCUGGAUCACUUAAUUGAGAAUGACGGUGAGGACGUAUUGAAGUUGAAGGCACGGGAGAAGAUCAUUGCCGAGAAAAUGAGGAAAGAAAGAAUGCUGACUGGUCUCGGAAAGCUGUUGGCUGAAGAUUAAGGGAUACGAUCCAUGUCCCUCUACUAGUUUCAUUUCUAAAAACUGUUCAUUUGUAAAAGAAAAAUAAUAGAACACCCUUUCUAAAGAUACAUGAACAAUUUAUUGCAUUUCAAUUUUAAGGCACAUCUUUUACAGUCAAAAAUAAAUAGUUUUGUUGGAA